AUGACGCGCAUCAUCCGAGUUGCUAUCCUGGAGACCGACACGCCCAUUGACCCCAUCCUCGCUCGCUAUGGGACCUACGGCGCGAUUUUCAAUCGUUGGUUGAAUACAGGACUCCAAGGGCUUACACUUACUGAUACCGAGAUUCAAACAACUAUUUGGGAUGUGGUGAACAAAUCUGAAUAUCCUAAACCGGGGGACUUCGAUGCACUCUUGAUGACAGGGAGCAACGUACCAUGGAUCAUCGAGUUGGUGAAGUACGUCCAUGACAUACACGAGCAGCACAAGAAGCCCAUUGUCGGUAUAUGUUUUGGACACCAGAUUGUUGCGCGUGCUCUCGGAGCACGUGUGGGCCGGAACGACGAGGGAUGGGAGAUCUCGGUCGAGCCAUUCCAGUUGACUGAUACUGGGAAGCAGCUGUUCUCGAAGGAUUCAUUGGAUAUACAUCAGAUGCACCGGGAUAUUGUUUACGACGUUCCUCGAGGAUGCGUGAAUCUUGGAUCUAGUCCUCGAUGCAAGGUGCAAGGACUCUAUAUGCCACAGCGUGUUCUGGCCUUACAAGGUCAUCCGGAGUAUGAUGAGUUUGUGAUGACGGAGGUGAUCAACCUUCGACAUGCGGUGGGAGUUUUCGAUGCCGAGCUCGCUAAAGAUGGAUUAUCAAGAGCCGGGAAACAGCAUGAUGGGGUACACUUUGUAAAGUCAUGA